GUGCUGUCCUGGCGUAUGAAUACUGCUGUUUGGCAGCCAAACGAUACUGUAGUGUUCAAGGCACAUGACAGGAAGCUUGUGAUUCAGUUCACUACUCGAGACGACGGUAGAGGCAAUCAGAAGAUGUUGUGGAGUGCUGCUGUGGUCUUCCUGCUGGUGGAGUCAGCCUCCUGUCUCAAGUGUCCUGAUGGGAAGGUCUGCUCUGACAUCCAGACCUGCUGUUUCACCCAGAAAGGCUACGCCUGCUGCCCUUACCCUAACGCUGUCUGCUGCGAUGACCUAGACCACUGCUGUCCACAUGGUUACCACUGUAACAUGGCAACCAAGCAGUGCGUGCGCAACGACCUGCCAUGGGACAACCUUCCCCGGCUGGAGAAGGUGGCCGCGGAGCCUCCCUCCCUGCCCGCGCUCCCCCUGGUGGACGCCCAGGAGCCGGGCAGUGCCCCUGCCCAGAGCCAGGGGGUGGAGGACCCGAGCGUGGUCCACUGCGACAGCCUACAUUACUGUCCCAGCGGGACGACCUGUUGCAGACAUCCCACUGGGCUGUGGUUCUGCUGCCCCUACUCGCCUGGGAGAUGUUGCCUGGAUGGGUACCACUGCUGUCAAUAUGGCUACGACUGUGAUCCCACCUAUACCAAGUGUAUCAGGCGGGGACUGAGGUACCCUGACCCACCCACCCUGCCCUCCACCUCAGUCCCAGCCACCCGGAAGCUCUCCCUGCCCAAAGGCCCGGCCCUUGAAGAGGAGGUCACGCUCACAGCUCUCAUACCGGCCAGCAACACCAACGGCCCUGCAGCGGGAGUCAUUCGAUGUGAUUCUAGAUUCUACUGCCUUUCUGGAACAUCGUGCUGCCGUUUGCGGUCUGGCGGGUGGGGCUGUUGCCAGUACCCCCUGGGCCAGUGCUGUGCAGAUGGUCUGCACUGUUGUGAAUAUGGAUACACUUGUGACCCGAACUCCACAAAUUGCAGGAAAUGGUACUCUCAGGUUCCCGCAGAUCGCAAGGAGGAUGCAAAACAAGACUAACAUAUUUCAAGAACCUUUUUUCUAUUUUUUUAAAUAAUACAAUCAAUUCGCAACUCUAUCUCCUAAGUAGGCUUCUGUAAUGUAACCGAGAACAGAGGUAUUUAAGACAACUGUAUUAGCAUUAAUUUCUGGCCAAUAAAUUUCUAUAUCAAAUGCAUCUCUUUUUUAAAUUUUACAACUGUCUGUCUAGCAUGUGGUAUGCAGUUACUAUGGUAACGCUGUUUCAACAUCUUUAACGCUAGUUAAGUGGUGGCAAGUUUCUAUUUAACCAAUGCUAGCUGGCUGUUUAGCUACUUAUCUUUAGAUUUAAAAUGUCUGAAAUGUCUGCCAUGAAUAGGAAGCUGAUAAAAAAUCUAGCUGAAACAUUGUCAAAACAAGUGAAACACUGUAAGUAUCGUUUUUUUUUCUUCCUUCAGUUGACUUUAGCAUAUCUAGCUAGUUGUUAGGCUACGGCUAUGCCAGCGUUGCCAUGACGAUAGCACAAGAUAGCUAUUCGUUAUGCGAACGAAUGUCAUUACAUGUUUAAUACUGUCAUGAGCAGCACUUUUAUUGAAAUACACUUGAACCGGAAAACAGAGAUUGCACGGCAUGAGGAAUAAAGCGGUCAAGAUACUCCCAGA